AUGCAGAUCAGGGCCUUCGACUCGGACUCGCAAAGUCAGGAUGGUGCAGAGACGCCUCGCGGAUACGAAAGCCGUGGAAAUGUCUCGAACCUGAAGCUUGUCUUCGCUGAGCCCGAGCGGGGACUGCCAUCAUUGCGCCGCGGCUGGCGCACACCGGACCCCUCACCGGACCGAACCGGACUCCCCAAGUGCGCCCCCUAUGCCGAGUAUCUCGAGGAGACUGAAGAGGCUUUGGAUGUGGGUCGUGGGAGGCAAACAGACGUGCACACUACAGCACGUAUCCAGACCCCGUCCCCGGCACCCCUGCAGGCUGUUCCCGAUUUCCGGAUGGACUCCUACAUGAAGCAUGUCGCACAGGCUUUCCGUGCGAGCUGGGCGGAUCAAAGCGAGGAGACGGAUGAGGAAGAGGCUUUGGAGGCGCAUGCGCGGGGGAGGCAGAUGGAGGCGCGCGCAGCAGUGCGCCUACAGACCCCCUCACCACAGCCCCCUCCCGUCCCCGACUUCCGCAUGGACUCCUACGUGCAGCACGUCACGCAGGCUUUCCACGAGAGCUGGGCGGAUCAAAGCGAGGAGACAGCGGAGACAGAGUCACGUGAUUCGGAGAAGACCUUGCAGUAUCCACUCUGUGCAUCCUUCGGCUCCCGAGGACAUCCCUUUUCAUGCAACCCUGCUUGCAAGUAUGCGACGAAGGGCAAGGGUUGCAAGGACGGUGCCGACUGUGAUCACUGCCACCUUUGCACCUGGAAGAAGUCCGUCGCCCAGCGCAACACUCGUCCGGCCGGACGCCCUCGCAAGCCCAGGCAGAGCCGCGGCCAGUGA